AUGGAGGACACUAAAAUGGAAAUCGACCAACCUGAUCGCCCGCAGGUUGACCCUAAGGCUGGCGAGGCGCGCACACAAGCUGGCGCAACCGCUGUACGCUCAAUCGAAGGAUGGAUAAUUAUUGUCACCAACGUACACGAGGAGGCCACAGAGGAGGACUUGCAGGAUAUGUUUGGCGAAUUCGGAUCCAUCAAGAACUUGCAUAUGAAUUUGGAUCGGCGAACGGGUUACGUUAAGGGUUAUGUUCUGAUCGAGUAUCCAACUCUCGAAGAAGCCAAGGCUGCCAUUCAGGGUGCCCACGGUCAACAGCUACUCGAGCAGGAGGUUGUCGUCGAUUUCGCGUUUGUGCGGCCGCCACCGCCUGGAAAAGGUCGUGGAGCUGGACGUGAUAAUGAACGCAAGGGUGGGGGACGUGGAAGGAACAGGAGCAGAAGCCCCGGGAAGGACGCUGAUGAGAUGGACGAUUGA